UUGAAGAGCAGAUUGUGUACUGAAGGCUCCCAAUCGCUUUCAGAAGCUAAUAAAGGGCGACUUCAGCUCAGUUCACUGCCAAGGAGUGACCUUCAGAGACCAUGGCCCAGAGUCUGCAAGAGGAGGUGACCUGUCCGGUUUGUCUGGAAAUUUUCUUAAGCCCCAUUUUACUCCCCUGUGCACACAUUUUCUGCUUUCAUUGCGUGCAAAGAUGGAUGCUAGAACACAGGGAUCUGAAAUUGACCUGCCCCGUGUGUCGAGGGGUAAGUGACAGCCCCCCUUUGGAGGAAUGGCAAAUUGGAGCACUAUCACUUCUGUUCACACAGCACAGUGCCCUACUGGAGAAAAGUCUGCACGUAAGCAAUGAGUUGUUGAGGUUCCGGGAGGAUAUGACCCUGGAUACAAGCACCGCCCACUCCUUCCUCAUCCUCUCUGAUGACCUCAAGAAUGUUCGGUGUGGGAAGAUCUGCCGCAACCCAGUGGAAGAUCCCCAGAGGUUCACCCACCUGGCUUGUGUCCUGGGCACCCCAUGCUUCUCCUCCGGCUGCCAUUACUGGGAGGUCGAAGUGGGACAGGCGGAGGAGUGGACCCUGGGGAUCUGCCAGGAAUCAGUCGACAGAAAGAGAAAGGCCGGUUUCUCCUCCGAGCAUGGCUUCUGGUUUAUCAGCAUGAAAGCAGGGACCAUCUAUACCAGCUCCUUCCCAGAAACCAGAAUUCCUGCGAGCCCUGAACUUAGCCACGUAGGAAUUUUUUUAGAUGUUGAGAUGGAAGAAAUCAAGUUUUUUGAUGUGAGAGGUAAUGCCCUCAUCUAUACACACAGUCAUCUCUCAUGUGUGGAGCCUUUGCGUCCAUUCUUCUGUCCCGAGCUGCCUAGAGAAAGUGACAGUGGUGCCUCCCUGAAACUCUGCUCAUGAGAAACUCAGCACUUCCUAGAAGAUUUCUCAGAGGUGAAUGAGACCUUUGACUCGAGAAAGGGCAGAAUGACCUAGAGAGAGACCAUGUGUGUAGUAGAAAGGUUGUGCCGAUUUUUGAAAUAGAUUUUGUAGACUUUGCAGCUGAAGAGUUUUUGGGGUGCAUUUUGUAGACUUCGUAGCUAAAGAACUAUGGGGUCUUAGGGGGUGUUAGUAAGCACUCGAAGCCCCAGUUUUCCUAGUCUUCAAGUGGGGAUCAUUAUAUCUCUCAGCCAAAUAGCUGUGAUGAUCAGAGACGAUG